AAAUAUAUCCAUAUUCAAAAACUUUCAAAGAAAAAAUGUCUAAUAUUACUCUAUAUGAAGAAUUAUAUGAUGCUCAAUUGGAUUUGAGAGAAGAAAGAAGAAUUCAAAUUGAAGAAGUUUAUGUUGAAUCCAUUAAAUGUCUUGAAAGAAUUAUCGAAGAAAAAGAUAUUAUUAUACAAGAUACUGUUAACCAAUAUGAAAAAAUUAGUCAAAAUACUAUUAGUCAUAAUGAUAAUAGAUUUAGUGAAUGUGAUUCUAAUGAUAGUGGUUAUAAUAGUUAUGAUGAAUAUGAAGAAAUAAUGCAAGAUAUAUUUGAAGUUAUUAGUGAAGAUAGUUUUUAA